AUGGGCACCGGGGGCUCCCCUCCGCUUGGCCCGAAGCCGUCGGCCAUCCCGUCCCAUAUGCUGAACGGUAGCUCGCCCCUGCACCCGACCACGGGCGUGCGUGAUGAGCGUGAGAGGGAAAGCCUCAAUUCAUCCAUCCGCUCCUCUUUCGCUCCCCGCGUCCCCGCUGAGUUCAAUUCGCCGGAGACAGGGACCGCCGUCGCCGGCGAGUCGACUGCCAGUGCAUCUGGCCUCGUUCGCAGCCCCGUUAUCGUCCGACCGACUUUGAAUGAUCCUCCUCGGGACCCGCGCGACGAAGGCGGUCCAUUGACCCCUCCGGCUACCGUGAGCCGUCCUGCGAGCCCUUACACAUUGAACCCCCCCAUCGACUUCGAUGGGCUCAGCUGGCCUUGCCCCGGAACGCGGCAACGAUUAGAAUCGACACCCGAAGAGACCGAGGAACGGGUCCAGAAGCUUGCUGGAGCUGUGCGGACCAUCCUUGAAUGCAUUGGAGAAGACCCAGAGAGAGAAGGGCUCCGCGAGACCCCCGAGAGAUACGCCAAGGCCAUGCUCUACUUCACCAAGGGCUACGAGGAAAAUGUUCGGGAUCUGGUCAACGGAGCGGUUUUCCACGAGGAUCACGAUGAACUGGUCAUCGUGAAAGACAUUGAUGUUUUCUCCUUGUGCGAGCACCAUAUGGUCCCCUUCAGCGGAAAGAUGCAUAUCGGCUAUAUUCCGGAUCGCCGCGUGCUUGGUCUAUCCAAACUGGCUCGUCUGGCGGAGAUGUUCUCGCGCAGACUGCAGGUCCAGGAACGCCUGACCAAGCAGGUUGCUCUGGCCAUCUCGGAGGUCCUCAAGCCCCGAGGUGUUGGUGUCGUGAUGGAAUCUUCCCACCUUUGCAUGGUUAUGCGUGGCGUGCAGAAAGUCAGCAGCACCACGACCACCAGCUGCAUGCUGGGAUGUAUGCGAUCCAGCGCGAAGACCAGGGAAGAGUUCUUGACCCUGCUGAACCGGAGAUAA